AUGGCGUGCUGCGCAGGCGAGGAACGCACCAUGAACGACGCCGUUGGACUCUCCGCACGCGUCGUGAAGCCGCGCAGACUUUUCAGGAAGAAUAUAUUAUAUCUAUGUCCAUGUAGUCACACGCCUCCGAACACGUACAGUGAACAGUAUCGCAUGAAGUCUGUCACAUGUAAAUAG